AUGGACGAUUUUGAGAUCUUGCCAGAAAAUGCGGCACCAGGUCCAGGAGACAAAUCUCAAGCUUCAAACUCUUUACAAGAUUCAAAGCUUUCGAGUUCUCCUUCAAAAUCUCAAGAUUUUGAAAAUACAUUUGAGCUUAUUGAUUCUCCAAACGAACCUAAUGCUGCACCAACUGGGAACAAGAUCAAAAAAGUUACUAUUAAAGAAGACUUAGUUAACGAUAAUUUGCUCGUUUUCCCUAUUUUACCCUCAACUCAAAAUGAAGGAGAAUCUGAUACAUACCUGUCUUCAGAUUCAUCGGGCAACAGUGAGAACUCGCGAAGAGUAAUCACCAAAUCGAGAAAUUUCAAACGUCAUCAGUUUAAUAUUCCAUUUGUCUUUCGUGUUAUGUAUGUUGGUGAAAAUGUUCCUGAUAAGUGCAAACGUGGUCUAUUCAACAAGAUAAGUGAAAGCUUAUCGCAAAUAUUUUGGGAACUUGCUGAAGUCGCGAUUCAACCAAAUGAAAUUAACUUAGAAAAAAGACACAUUAUCUGUCCUGUGGCUAGUAUCCCAGAGGAUGGGAAAUUCAACUUUGAUUGUUAUGAAGAUUCGGGUGUUACACUCUGUGAAGCUGAUCUCACCAAUGCACCAUACAAUAGAGUUUUUGAUUAUUUGCAUAGUCAAUUUAAGGAGAUCAAGUCUGAUGCUGAUUUGAUUGACUUAUGUGUCGUCUUUAUUCCCCCUGAUGUGGAUAAUAUCUCUACGGAUUUUUUAUCUAUGAUGCAUAAGUUACAAGACAAAGUUACUCUGUUCCCAAUAAUUGCCUUGGAUGGAAACGAAAUAUAUUUUAAAGAUGAACGUGAAGAAAAGCGUCGCGCAAUUUCAAAGUAUUUAAAAGAGAAUGAUAUAGAGAUUUUUAUAUGGAAAGCAGACCAAAUGAUUGAAGACGGAAAGAACGGUGAAACAGAUCCUCGCUGGGUUGAGACCGUUUAUACAAAAAAAGUAUUGACAAUUGAUGACUUUAUCUCAUUUGACAACGAAGCUGUCUAUGAAGAUCUACAACUUCUGCGUUCGCGUGCUAUCGAAUUUAGAAAAGAUCGUCAGCGUCGCGAACGAGAAAAAAGGAGAUCACAAAGAUUUGGAGUGCUUAGAGAUAUAACCAUUAUGUGUAUAAUUCUUUAUGUCGUUUAUUUAUUCAUGUCUCUUGUCUGGCAUUAUGCUGAGUGGUCAGUUAUUCCAUCCGAUUUGGCCCAAUCUCUUCAUACUGUAUCACGAGCUUCAUUAAAAACUCAAAAUCAGAAUGGACCACAAACUAUUCCUUUGGACAAUGGCGAGAUGGGACCUCUCAUUGAAGUAUUCCAAGAAACUUCUAGUAGAUUUACUUUCGAAAUAUUGAAUAAGAAACAAGUUGUUAAUACCAGAAAUGAAAAUUUUGAAGUUGUCGUUACUCAUUAUCCCCGUCAAGUAUUGGGACGUCAUUCGGUAGUUGAAUUAAGUAACGGAAAAUAUUCAUUUGAUAUUGACACUACAGGGGCUCUAGGAGACGUGAAGGUCGAGAUUAAAAAAAAUGGGCAAUUGGUCAAGGUAGUGCCUUGGUCUCCUAAGAAGAAAGACAACGAGAAACCCAAGGACACUUCAAUAGCCGAAAAGACAGGUAGUAUCUACACUACCAUUAAUGAUGCCACGCUUGAUAUAAGCCAAAAAAUCAAUAAUGUCUAUGAGAUUAUAAAGGAUGGAUUGCACAAAACAGCUAUAUAUGUUGGAAAUGAAUUACUUGCUGUAUUUGUUUAUUUAGGUAAACACGUGCCUCAAGUCUCGAAAUAUGUUUUGGAUAAAGUGAAUUUAUGGGUUUAUUAUACAUUGGAGAUAGCAGAAAACCUUGCUAAUUAUACAAAAGACGCCUUUGAUUAUGGUGUAAGAAGAAUGAAAAAAGGUGUUUUCCGAAUGUAUAGGAUUGUAAAGCACAAAUUUGAUUCCUUCGGGGGGACGGUUUGA